GACGAUGUUGCCAGAUGGGCCAAGGAUCUGAAAGAGUUUAACAGAUCUAAACAUGCUGGAAUCCAUUCGAAAAAAUGGACUCCCUUUACUCAUAGACAUUCACGUUGAUAUACAUUCAUCACUUCAGUUAACUGCGAGUUAACUGAUGUGUCCGUUUUAAUAAAGCUAACUAUGGUUUGCUGAUGUCACCUAGAUUACGUAAGCUAGUUAGGUUCGUGGUUGCUCUCCUAGAUAUCCAACACUCCUUUUCAACCACAAACCUUUUUCUUUUGAUUUUUGCAGCUAUGUCGAAUCAGACUCAUCCCUUCGAAGGUUAUAGAGAAUCUUCGUUUACAGAUGGAGAUUGCAGAUCUUCAUCCUGUCAUUUUGCCCUUCAAAGCAUCUGCAGGAUCACCAGUGGAGUUUUGUUUGAUUGGUUGGUAGAAUCUUUUCACCCUAAGUCACAUCUUGAUAAAGUUCCUGUUAUUGAUACUGCGAUAGUGAAACAAGAAAGUAGUAGUCUUCGCUGUGCAUCUGUAGUUAGUUCGAUGAAGUUUUACGUUGUUAGAAGAGAUCGCAUUCCUGGAAUUUAUCGCAACUGGCGUGACUGCGAGGAACAAGUCAAGAAAUUCAGAGGUUGUGAAUAUAAAAGUUUCAGAAAUUAUGAAGAAGCAAAACGUUAUCUGCAACCAGACUGUGCGAACAUUGAUUAGCCUCUUGAACUAGUUGGGCUCCCAUGAAAAUCCUGUAAUCCGCCGAGACCUCGUAGUUUAUUGUGAUAGAAUGUAGACAGUGGUUUAGUUAAUAUAUCAGCUACUUGUGCUUCGCUGGGAAUGCAAUGUACUUCAAUUGUGCCAUCUGCGAUCUAUUCUCAAAUGUAACGAUGUUUGAUAAUA